AUGGUUGGCCGGAAGAAGAAAGGAAAAGGCUUGAUUCAACCAGUAAAAAUAGAUGAGCAGACGUCGAUUAGUCGGAAUCUAGGAAGAUCUGUGAGAAAAGAGUCGAGUAAAAGGCAGGAGGUAGAACUCGAUUUAUUGGUGCAGAAAAUCGAGGGUUCGCCUUCGAAGAAGAGUGGAGAAGGGAAUCAAUCCACGCCGAACUUGACUGCAACAGGACACCCCACUGUUCGAUUGGAAAAGAUGAGUGAUGCUUGUGCUAGUGAAUGCCUGAAGGACGGCACGAAUACUAGGGUUUCUGAGGUUCACGCGAAAAGGCAAUUAACCUGGUCGGAAAAAUCAGAGAUGAAGGAUGGACAUAAUGUUUGGGAUAAAUUUUAUCUGGAAAAACUGAAAGAACCUGAGGGCCAACUGAAAUUUACAAAUCCAGUGCAGCGGAAUGGGCAGAAGAUUAGAAAAAUUCAUAUGGACGAUGUGAAAACGGAAGUGGAUUACUGGGAUUCAGCUGUGGUUUGCUUCGCGCUAGGUGCAAAUCCUCCAAAAUGGGUAAUGGAAGAGUACAUCAGGAAAUCUUGGGGGAGGCAUGGUGUUGAUCAGGCUCAUGAUCUAAAGGCCUCUGUUGAAAAGGAAGGAAAUUCAGUGGAUUAUAAAGAUGGUAAAGAAAAUGUGAAGGUGUUAAAGAGGAGAGCUGGUACUACCGUCCAAGGUACUGAGGAUACAGGUUAUAGGGAUGCUUCCUUUGAGUACCCUAAGGAAUCUGUAACACAACAGGAUG